CAAAACUUGAGGUCUGGUUGCCUAAGCUCACGGGCCCGAAAAAGCCUCGGCACGUCCGGGGCGGGGUCUUGGGAGCAGCCGCGCGCCUUGCAGCUUCCAUUGCGUGGGCUUGGUGGAGCGGUUGCUUCCUGAGGAUUACGAGGCGCUCUUGGCCUAUAUGCAAUCUGGUCCCAAAAGAUUCAAACUCCAAGAUGACAACCCUCAAGGACCAGCUGAUUGUGAAUCUUCUUAAGGAAGAGCAGGCCCCCCAGAACAAGAUUACAGUGGUGGGGGUUGGUGCUGUUGGCAUGGCUUGUGCCAUCAGCAUCUUAAUGAAGGACUUGGCAGAUGAGCUUGCCCUUGUUGAUGUCAUGGAAGACAAGCUGAAGGGAGAGAUGAUGGACCUCCAGCAUGGCAGCCUCUUCCUUAGAACACCCAAAAUUGUCUCUGGCAAAGACUACAGUGUGACUGCAAACUCCAAGCUGGUCAUCAUCACCGCAGGGGCCCGUCAGCAAGAGGGAGAGAGCCGGCUCAAUUUGGUCCAGCGGAACGUGAACAUCUUCAAGUUCAUCAUUCCCAACGUGGUGAAGUACAGUCCCAACUGCAAGCUGCUCGUGGUUUCCAACCCAGUGGACAUCUUGACCUACGUGGCUUGGAAAAUAAGUGGUUUUCCCAAAAACCGAGUCAUUGGGAGUGGAUGCAAUCUGGACUCCGCUCGGUUCCGUUACCUGAUGGGGGAAAGGCUGGGAGUUCACCCCCUAAGCUGUCACGGAUGGGUCCUCGGGGAGCACGGAGACUCCAGUGUGCCCGUGUGGAGUGGCGUGAAUGUGGCCGGCGUCUCCCUGAAGAACCUGAACCCCGAGCUGGGCACGGACGCAGACAAGGAGCACUGGAAGGAGGUUCACAAGCAGGUGGUUGACAGUGCCUAUGAAGUGAUCAAACUGAAGGGUUACACAUCUUGGGCUAUUGGCCUCUCUGUGGCCGACUUGGCUGAGAGCAUAAUGAAGAAUCUUAGGCGGGUGCACCCCAUUUCCACCAUGAUUAAGGGUCUCUAUGGGAUCAAGGAUGAUGUCUUCCUCAGUGUCCCUUGCAUCCUGGGACAAAAUGGAAUCUCGGAUGUGGUGAAGGUGAAUCUGACCCCUGAAGAGGAGGCCCGCCUGAAGAAGAGUGCAGACACGCUCUGGGGGAUCCAGAAAGAGCUGCAGUUCUAAAGUCUCCCCAGGUCCUAGCUCUUCACUGUCCAGGCUGCAGCAGGGUCUAUGGAGACACUGUCUCCUCCAUCUGAGCUGUGGCUAGUGCCAUUGUGGUGUGGGGAAACCUCAGUUCCCACAGCUCUACCCUGAUGCUGAGUGGUACUUGUGUAGUGGUAACCUGGUUAGUGUGACAGUCCACUGUCCCCAAGACACACUGCCAAUUGUGUAUGACCCAGGAGCCUGCUGAGUCACUGCUGCGCACCCUCCCCAGACCUGCCGAGGCCGGCGAGUUCCCAGUUAGCCGCAACCUGGCUCCAGUGUGUGAGUCCGUUACGCAUAUCUUGUUCAUAAGGGUUCUAAAGAAUAUUACUUAGUAUAUUAUAUGUGUCUUAGUGUGCAUUGCAGUGUUGUGUAAAAUAGGAUGUGCGUGCGGAUGAUGUACCAGCUACCCAAGUGUCAUGCCAAUGAAAAUACCAAAUAAACCUUGAACAGUGA